CCUGCCGCCCAUCGUCGCCCCGCCCACCGUGCUCACCUCAGGGAGGCCGCGGGCAAAAUGGCGGCGGUUGGGGGCUGCUGAGGAGCUCAGCUGUGAGGCUUUGGACAGAGGUGGGAGCAGCCCCACCCCCACCCCCAAGGCUGCAAAAUGUCUUCCCAUCAUCCUGACAUCACCGCAGCACUGCAGGACAACCAGAAUGUGCUGCUGGAGGAGACACAAAGUGACCCUGCCUGCUGCCCUGCGCCUGGUGGGGAAAAAGCCCAAGGAGGGAGCCCACGGAUGGAGUCACAAGGUGCAGCAGUGCUGGACAGACAGGCAUCAUCCCGUUACUUUGCUGCCCUGGACUCCAGCGUGGGAGAUCUGCGACAGCGGGCACAGGGCCUGAUAGACAGACUGAACGACAGCCGCAAGGAGGACCACACCGUGAUGAGCAGCUUCCGCGACAGCCUGCAGCUGAAGGUGUCCAACCUGGCCGAGCAGCUGGAGGAGCGGCUCUUCCAGCUCUACAGUCUUCACAACGAGCUGAUCCAGGAAAGGCUGCAGGAGCUGGCAGAGGUGAUGGAGCGUGUCCGGCAGGCCGAGGACGAGCUGCAGCAGGUCUGCCACACCGUGGAGGCAGCCUACAGGGACCUGUGCCUGCAGCCCGAAACGUGAGCACGGCCCCCGAGCCCACAGAGAGCCCUCAGACCUCACAGGGAGCCCCCAGACCCCUCCAUGGGGAGCACCUGGGUGCAGCCCUCCUGCCGGCAGGCAUUCCCAAUACACUGGGCUGGCUGCUCCCCUAUGAACAGAGAAACGGGGAUAUCAGCCAAAAAUUGCCUUUCCCACAGGGUGUUGGUGUUUGGUUUUUAACGCGAUUAAAAUAAAAGAUCAAAAAACGACUGAAUGGCCAAAUGUGUGGGCUUUGGCACUGACAGC